GUAAACUAUUGAAGUAUAUUGAUGGCAAAUGGCAAGAAGUACCAAUGAGUGAAAGACUAAAAUUAACUAAGUUAGAGGGUCAAAUAUGGAUUGCAAUGUUUAACCUACUUAUGGGGCCCGAGUGCCAGAGGAAAUAUGAAUUCAAUUCUCAUAAUAAGAACCAGAUACUCAAGCUGCGAGCCCACAUGACAGAGGUCUUAUUAGAUCAGAUACCAAUGCUAGUAGACUUACAGAGGUACUUAGAACACUUAUCAAUGAUGGAGCCACCAGCAGCCAGGCAAGGAUUAGUAUUAGAACAGGUACCCAGAUCUAUGAUAGUAUGGUACGUGAGAAUGAUGGGAAAUGGUCAGCCAUAGCCAAACAUCAAGUCAAGAAAUACUUUAAUCCACCAAAAGCAAAUUUGAGAGAACAGGC